AGCAAAUAGGUUGCCAUUCUAAUCAAUGAGGUAUCGUAUACAGGAUGCGUAUCAGCUCCGUCGCAGCUCCAUACCAGAAGCAUAUUGAGCACGGCACUGCUAAAGUUACGCUCCGAGUCUAUUUUUGCUAUAACACUUUGCCAAUAGUUAUCAUUUUCUUGCUUUUUAACAGAUAGCUGACUGAAAAUGUGAUUAGUUAUGAGAAGAAGUUGAUGUUUCCCAAAAGUUUUAGGAUUUCUAGCUUUAUUGCUGCCAGUGGAAUGGACUGAAACUACUUGGAUGUACUUAUGCAUUGUAGCGUCACGUGUCACGCGGCAAAUAGUUUGCCAUUCUAAUCAAUGAAGUAUCGCAUAGAUGACGCGUAUCAGCUCCGUCGCAGCUCCGUAUGCGCAUCGAGCGCGGCACUGCUUAAGAUACGCACCAAGUCUACUUUUGCUGUAGCACUUUGCCAAUAGUUAUCAUCAUUUUUUUGCUUUUUAACAGAUAGCAGACUGAAAAUGUGAUUAGUUAUGACAAGAAGUUGAUGUUUCCUAAAAAUUUUAGGAUUUCUAGCUUUAUUGCUGCCAGUGGAAUGGACUGAAACUACUUGGAUGUACUUAUGCAUUGUAGCUUUUUGUGUAGCAGUACUAUUAUAUGUGGCUCCGAUGGGGUAAAUUUGACUCACUGCUUGUCAAAUAUCUCAUCAAACUUAGAUCAAGCUUUAAUGAGUAGUGCAAAACUCACAAAGGGGAGCAGAAAUAUUCAGUAAUUCUACAACAAAUAAACCACUUUACAGAUUAACGCUACCAGUUACAUUAUAAUAAGUACUUUGGGGAAAACAAUGUCUUUAUACGGCCUACUUUUCAGGGCAUAUUUUAUUCAUUUCUACUUUUUCUUGGGUAGCUCAAGGGUCGGAUAGUUUUACAUUCACUCACUGUAAGUGGAGUCUAAUCACAGUUGCUGUACUUUUACUUGUGUUGAUUAUUUCUGUACUUUUUCCACUCUUGAUCUACAUCUGACCAACUAACCACCUCCUCUUCCUGUCCAGCAGGAGGAGGACAGUCCCAUAUUCCCCACAGGAGGUAGAAGUCAGGCUACCUGCUGCCAGUUCCCUCCUCACUCUCAUCUUCAUCCACACACCACAGAACUGGGCUGGCUCCAGCGUUUCACUAUUACGCACAUAACCAGCCAUUGACGCAUUCGGAUCAGGAGAAUUUUUCACGUCAUCGUCUCAUCGUGCUCUCUUUUUUUUUAUAUACAGCCUUAUAUGGGUCAUUCCUCUGUUUCACUCACUUGGAGGGAGGGGUGGGGGGGCAGGAGGGAUGGCUUUAUUUUUUUUUUUUGUUAAUAAAGCUUCUGCCCACACUUGCCUUUCAUACAUAUUGUCAGCCUGAAUUAUAUCUGUCGCGCCGUCGUGCUGUUUCUGAAUGGAAAGACAAAUAUAGCCGGAAACAGACUGUAACCGAGCAGCUAUCCCAGGAGCUCCAGGCAAACAUGAAUAAAGCAGUAGGCGACCAUGUUACGCAAUAAAGCACACUGCUCUAUAUCUGCCCUUACCCACUUCUCGUACUAGGCUGCUUGUUUAUCAUGAAUACUUUGGUACUUUCACUACAGACCGAAAGGGAAAGCAGGGCUAGAAUAUCCAUUUGAGACCGUGGAUGUAUUCCUGUAAGGCGCCGCGGAGGGAAUAUUAGAUUCCUGUCACAGAGCUGCAGUCUCGACUAGAUCAAGCUUGUUUACCACUUAGAGGGGAGGACUCCCUCAGUAGAUACGCUGAAAUAUCACCAAAGGCAAAUUAAAAUACUUAUUCAUGAGGAGAAAAAUGCGUUUUAAUGUGAUAAACAAGGGGUACUUUUCAUUCACACAUUCACUGUAACGUGUUUCAUAAUCAACAUCAACUUCUCAAAUGACGCACUUUCAGGCUUUCUAGGUCAGAAACAUCUCAUUUGGUAAAUUAAGAUAAGAAGAAAAAAUCUCCCUGUAGUCAAAUGUUGGAUCACAGGACCAGAGAUGCUCUAAAUAAAGCUCGAGUCCUGACUGACUACGCUCAAAUGAGACGGAAGAGGGCAGAGUGAUAGUAGGAGGGCUUUUUCCUCCUCUCUCUCACUCCAGCAUUCAUCCCGUUUCCACCAAUAAGCCCAAUGAGCUGAGCGCGCACCGCCCACUGUCGGUGUGUGUAUUUUUUUCCUUCUCCUUUCCUCUCGUUUUUUUUAAACCAGCUCUGGAUGUGUAGAUCGUCACAUGUUGUUUCUCCCUCCUCAGUCCGGACACUGUAGCAGACAUGUGUUAUUUAUCGCUCAGCUUUUGGAGAAGACGGGCGAACGCUGAACCGGCUCCACAAACAGACGAUUAAAAUAAAAGCGCGACGUUUCUUCAGCAACUCGAGUGGAAGGAAGCAUUGUGUCUGAGAGCGAAGGACACGAGAAUGGCGAGUCCGCCAAACACGGGAGACCAGCCGAUUAUACCCACUACUACUACUACGACUACUACUACAACAAACGUGAGCAACAAAAUCAAGAAAUGUGGAUAUUUGAAGAAGCAGAAACACGGACACAAGCGUUUUUUCGUGUUAAAGGAGGCGAGUGAAGGUUUCCCUGCCCGGCUGGAGUACUACGAGAGCGAGAAGAAAUGGAAAAACAAAUCGGCCGCGAAGAGAGUUAUUCCUCUGGACUGCUGCCUCAAUAUCAACAAGAGAGCGGACGCAAAACACAAAUACCUGAUCGCUCUUUACACCAAGGACGAGUAUUUUGCCGUGGCGGCAGAAAACGAGCAGGAACAGGAGAGCUGGUACCGGGUGCUGACGGAUUUAAUGGCAGAGGGGAAAGUGUACGACGGCUCAGCGUCCAACUCUGCGUCCUCGCUGGUUGGCUUCGACGAGGCGAGCUACGGCGUAAUAACGCCGGUUUCCGCUGCCUACAAGGAGGUCUGGCAAGUAAAUCUUAAAUCUAAAGGCUUGGGGCAAAGCAGAAAUUUGACGGGGGUGUAUAGGCUCUGUCUUUCGAGCCGGACUAUCAGCUUUGUGAAGCUGAACACGGAGAUCGCCUCCGUCAUUUUACAGCUGAUGAAUAUCCGGAGGUGCGGCCACUCUGACAGCUUUUUCUUCAUUGAGGUUGGUCGAUCUGCAGCCACGGGACCAGGGGAGUUAUGGAUGCAGGCUGAUGACUCUGUGGUGGCGCAAAAUAUCCACGAAACUAUUCUAGAGGCGAUGAAAGCCAUGAAGGAGCUGUCGGAAUUCCGUCCGCGCAGCAAGAGCCAGUCAUCCGGUACGAACCCCAUCUCUGUCCCCACGCGGAGGCACCUUAACAACCUUCCCCCCCGCCAUAUAGGGCUUCCCCGGCGGUCUCGCACUGACAGCAUGGCUGCGACGUCCCCUGUGGGCAAAUUUUCCCCCUGUCGAAUACGAACAGCAAGCGAGGGUGAUGGCACCAUGGCCCGCCCCAUGUCAGUGACUGGCAGCCCCCUGAGCCCCGGGGUCCACAGGACCCUCCUGAGCAGGUCUCACACUCUAACAGCACGACCCUGUCGGACAUUUGAAUCGUCUUCUCUCCAGCACAGCAAGUCCAUGUCUAUGUCCCUGUCUCACUCCCCACCCAUGACCACCCCCAGCCCAGGGAAUCUGUCCUCGUGCCCAGAUAGCAGUGCACCUCGCCCCUCCAGCUGCAGUGCCUCUUUCUCAGGCUCUCCCAGUGAUGCCGGUUUCAUAUCAUGUGAGGAGUACGGCUCCAGCCCUGCAGAUGCACGGGAUCUGAGACUACCACUCACUCUGCGGAGCAACACGCCAGAGUCUCUCAAAGCUGAUACCCCACCCUCCCGAGAUGGCAGUGAGCUCGAUGGCUACAUGGUGAUGGAGCGUCAGAAGCAGAAUAAUUACCGUCGGUUACCAGAGCUGGACAAAGCUUACAGGAAGCGCACUUACUCCCUCACUACUCCUCGGCAGCAGAGAUGCCCCCCACAAGUAUCCUCCGCCUCCCUGGAUGAAUACACUCUUAUGAGGGCCACCUACAACAGCCUUUCUUCUCGCAGGUGUCACACUGCGUCCCCCAAAGGGACCUACCCAGAGGACUAUAGGGACGUUCAGAUCAGUGCUGGCAGUGUCCAAGAAGACAGUGGCUACAUGCCUAUGAUGCCAGGUGUGGCGCCCCAGACACCAGGCUCAAAGGAUGACCCCUACAUGCCCAUGAGCCCCAUGUGUGUUUCUGCGCCCAAGCAGAUCAUCAACCCCCGUUCACACCCCUCCUCAGUCGGGCUGGCUCCACGCACUGACUCCCCUGGGAGUGUUUCUCUUGAGGACAGCGGCUAUAUGCGGAUGUGGUGCGGAACCAAGAUGUCAGUGGAGAGCACUGAUGGAAAGCUCACUAAUGGAGAAUACCUAAACAUGUCUCCAGUUGACUCUCUUGUGUCCCUCACACCCCCAGAAUUCAUCCUCAGUCCUACAGGAGGAGACCCCCACCCCCAGCAGCCUCACAGACAGCCUUACUCUUACAGCUCUCUUCCCCGCUCACUCAAAAGCCAGAUGCAGCGCAACGGCUCCACAGACACAGACCAGUACGUGGUGAUGAGUUUACAGAGACAGCGGAUAGAAGAGGAGUCCAACUAUUGUCCUAUUUCUCCAGGGGACUCUGAAGCUAGCAGAUCUCCGGUAACACCAGGUACGCCUUCCUCUGUACCCUUUCCUCACAGAACGACACGGAUAGAUGGAGGUCUAGUACAUAGGAAUAGGGUGGGUCGGCCCACCCGUCUGGCUCUAGAUUCUCUUAGGACUCUACCUUGUAUGAGCGAACACCCCCUUCCCGCAGAGCCACGCAGCCCUGGAGAAUACAUCAACAUAGACUUCAGUAGUGCUACCCACAACCAGCUGUCCUCUGCAGUUUCUGCAGAGAGCUCUGAGUCCUCAGUGUGUGCAGAGAGAACAUCAUCACCACUUUCAGACUAUGCUAAUCUUGAUGUCAGCUCCUCAAGUCACCUUGGAUCUCACCAAACAGGGGGCUCCCCCCCUGCAGGGGUCAGUCAUCGCAUGCCUGAAAUCUUCGCUUGCCCUGGUCUAGUGGAAGACCACCAGAACAUGCAGGGAGGAGAGAAGGAGAAGGAGGGGAAGAGCAUAGGAAGAGACCCAGAGGAGAGGGGGAUGGUAGAGGAAUAUCCUCUCCAACAGCAGGUGAGCCUGGUGUGUCAGCCGGCUCUAGUCAAGGAUGACUACACUGAGAUGACUUUCAGCCCGGCUGCGCCUCUACCUGCUCUCUGCACCACUGAUGCUGCUCCCCUCCCCACCAGCCCCACUGCAGGCGUCAAGAGACUCAGCCUGGAGAGCAGCAUGGUGGAUGAAGUUCCACCUGUACCACUGGACUCUUUCCUCCUCGGGGGAACAUCAUUAUCAGUCACCCUUUUAGACCCACACAGGGGGGCAAAAGUCAUCCGGGCAGACCCUCAGGGGCGGCGGCGGCACAGUUCUGAGACCUUCUCCUCCACCACUACUGUCACUCCUGUAUGUCCAUCCUUCGCCCAUGACACCAAACGGCACAGCUCGGCCUCUGUGGAGAACGUGUCCCGCACAGUUUGCAGCUCAGAGGGACCUGAAGAGGACUACAGCAGCAACAGCCCCAUGUGCAGGGAGAUGUCAGCUGGUUAUCAAAAUGGACUUAAUUACAUUGCCUUAAACCUGAUGGAGGGAAACCUUGGAGGGUGCCGAUUAGGGGACUCUGACGGACUCCUGAGAUUCAAGACCACCUGUGGCUGCAAGGGGGGCAUGAAUGGUUUCAACACGAGCCCAUAUGCCAGCCUUGGAUUCAAGGAGACUGCUGCUGCUGCUGUCAAAGGUGAGUGUUUUCAGUCGCACACAAACCCAGACAUACACACACAUGUACACACACACAUUAACACUCAUUCAUUCAGGGUUCAUUCAUGAAGGGAGUGGUGCUUGAGUAGGAUAGAGAUCCGCCUCAGGGCUCCUGUAUACUCUGCAGAGAUAGGCUGCUGGUUGCUAAGCAGCAGGUCUGAGCUCGUUUUCAUUCCAAAGUGGAAAAUGUUGUCUGCCUUUUAGAGAGGGAAAAAGAAACAAACAGCUUAAUUUGUGUCUGUAUUAGAGAAUUUUAAACUUCUUUGACUCUUAAAUGUUUUUAUCCAAUCUUUUAUUGUAGGUGUCUGUUUCAUGUUGUUCAUGUCCCUGCCUUUAAAAGGAAAGAGACCGCCAAUGAGACCAAAUUCUGACUCUACAUCUUAAUGAAAAUGAAAAAAAAAAACCCUGCUGGGCUGGAGGUUUUUAUUCUGAUUAAAUACAGCAAAACAUAUGCAUCAUAUCUCAUUAACAAGGUGGUUUAGUAUCAGAACUGUAAUUAAAGUCAGUAAACGCAGACUGCAGGAGCAGAGGGAAGUGAAGUUGUUAUGAAAGUUGCCGCUGGGUGUAGGUUGUUAUGUUUAGAUAGGAUUAGUCACCUACUUGUCACACCCAUGGCACAUGGACAAAUCUCAAGGCUGUGUGAUGCUGCAGAGGGCUGUUCUCUGGCUCUUUGAUGGGCUUUGAACAGCGCAGAGAUAUCAGAGCAGGAUCACAGGAAAACAGACGUCUCUCUUUCUAAAUAAAAGCCUGAAAAUAACCAAAAGCUAAAAACGGUGGAAUGACUCAUAAAUAAUCAGACGCUUUCAUCACGGCUAUCAUUAAAGGGACUCGGCAAUUGUUUUUCACUUCAAUAUUCUCUUGACCUGAAUAGAUUUGCCUGUUUCAUCAUAUUUUCAAACGGUUUUAUUUUGGAGCUCUCUCUGGACAUCUUCUCUUUCUGUUCAGGCUGGCUUGAUGCAGAGUCUGUGUUUGUGUGAAUGGUCUCCUCUGGUCUUCCCUUGAUGACGCAGUUUUAUACACGUCAGUAUUUCAAAAAACAUGGAGUUUGAUGCAGUGACGCAUGCAGCACUACACACCAUGUUUGAUUUUGUAACACAGAGUAACUUCGCUCUUAUAUGACUGGUAUGCGUGUGAAAAAGCCGUGAAAUGCUCCUGACUGAGCGCCUUUGUCGGGGUAAAUAGUUGCCAUCGAAAUAUUACCUUUCACCUCAUUUUCUUUACUGUUGCAUCACUGGAUUUUCAUGUAUCUUAUAAUUGCAGGGAUAAUUCACAGUUGCUGUUUGUAAAGAAAAGCGUGUAGGGAUCAUCAUGAGUCAGAAGUAGUAGUGUGUCUUAUUGUGAAAUACAGAAGUGUAAUUGUUGAUUGUGGUUUCACAACCCAGUUUGUCUCCUUGGUCUCUGUCUCUGCUGGAUCUCACACUGCGAGCUCAGCCAGUGUGGGGCUUGGUGCAAGUCAUUGAGUUCCCCAGAAAAACAAGUGAGUCAGUUGUUUAUCAAUUGUCAGGUACUGGGUUUCAGGACUGGAAUGUGGGCAGUGUGCAAAGGUUGCUGGGAGAGGUGAAUGCUCACUUGUUUUUCUAACCUUGUGGGAUGAGCUCAGAGGGGGGAUUGAAGGAUCCUUUUUUAUUAACUGAGAAACUUCACAAACACAGUGAAGAGACCGUUUUAUAAAGAAGUGAGGGCCGGCUUAUCUUUUGUACUACACAUGCGUGUACAUGUAAGCAGGCCCUCACAUCUAUUGUGAGCCCAACAAUUAUUGUCCCAUCUCUCUGCUGUGUCCUUGUGUUUUUGUGUGUUCUGAACACAGGGCUCAAAUAUUGAAUUUUGUUGAGCUCCAGGAGCAAAAAAGGGGGGUAGAGAGAGGAGGAAGACAGGUGGAGGAACAAUGAGGAAGGAUGGAUGACUUGCUUUGUUUCUCACAGACAGCAAAACAGACAAUUGAGCUGUUUGCUGAAGGGAGGGAGAAAGUGAGUGAGGGGGAGUGAAGGAAGAAGAAAGACAGAAGGAAAGAAAUGAGAUCAGUGUCAUUCCGGUAAGAGUUUGCCUUUGUUACUGUCUCUUGGUUAUGUAAGCCCCUCCUAACAAACAAACAAACAUCCUCGCACAUAAUAGUGAAUGACUCAGCACUGGUGAGGGAUGUGACCGGCAGCGUGGCAAGUCAUGGAUAUUGCCAUUAAACUACAAAACCCACGUCUAUUGCGUGUGUGCUUGUGUGUGUGAGCAAGAGAGGGGGAAAAAAAAAGGAGGCAUGACUGUUUACUACGAGAUGACAGGCUUGACCGCAUUCUCGUAUUAUCACAGAGCCAGUGAGCAAUUUGCAUUCCCUGCUGAACAACAAUUUGAACAGGUGGAUUAGGAAGUCACCUGUCCUCAUUUGGCAUGUGAAGCUAAUGCAGAGUUGGAGAGGGAGACUUUGCUCCUCGGCUCCACUAACAUGCAAAUGCGUAAGCGUAUCUCGCCCGCUGGUGUGUGUAGAGGUUUUCACGUGGCUUCUCGCCGAGAGGUUGAGGCUGUUAGCUGAUAGGUUUCCGUGUUGUUGUUUGGGUUUUUGGCCCCGAUGUGACGCGCAGGGAGAGAGAGGAGGCGAUGGGGUAGUGCGGAGGGGGUAUGUUUAGCUUUCAGUGCACGCCUUCUGGCUCUGGCGAUGUCAGUUUCUUGACCUUUGAACCAGCUCUGGAGUCUGAAAGAGGGGGGAGAUACUUCUGAAGGGGCCUUUCCAGAAAUGUGCACACGCCCGUCUCAGUGAAGGACACAAAACAGGGAGGUGUGGUGAAUAUUUGUGCAACUUUUUCCUCAGUAUUUGAGAUUGUGACACUACUUUAUCUCAGAUUUCACUUUUUUUUUUUUAACAUCUUUCUCUUGUUCCACAUUUUCACUCUCACACUCAACUGGACCUCUCAAAGAAAGCACACACAUUUCCUCUUUAUCUGAGUGUCUUCCUCUCUGGUGUUGCGUACAUAUACACGAUCAUUAGCAGAUGGUGAAGUGGUGGUAGGGUGGGGGUGGGGUGCUUCUUUUUUUUUUUUUUUUGCACCUGCCCCGCCAAGCAGUGCUCACUGGUUAUCUGGCCCAUCAGAGAAGAGUGACAAUACGCUAAUGACCGGCCACCAUCUGCCACAACAACAACAGGGAGGAGAAGGUGGGGGUGUGGCAAGGCUUGCUUCAAGGAGCUACACUCCUUCCUAGAAUCCCCCCCUUAUCCUCUCAUAUGUUUCCCUUCUUCUAGUUUCUGUUUUUUAGAAAGCAUAUGAUUCUAUCUCCCAAUCACACACACACACACACACACACACCUUUCCAUUCCACACCCUUGAAUUGAAGUCUUGUUUUCUUCCUCAGUGGACUCUCUUUGAUUGGCUUUUCACACUGGAGGAACAAUUAGCUAAUCAAAUCUUCAUUAAUCUUCUCUCAAUGUUCAGAUCAUUGCAGCUACUUCCAUAAUGCUAUAAUGCUCUACUAGCCUGAUGUAAACAGGCACACCUUUAUGUUAUGAAAAUGGAGGUAAAGAUGGGUCCUGGUUAAGGGUGGGAAUCAUGAUAUUAUCGAUAUAAUACUUGGGCCACGAUAUUAUAUUAUUAUUGCGAUUUAUAAAAUCUUUACAACCGUUUAGCUAAAUUAGCAUUUGUCUUUCUUUUAUGUCACUAUUUACACAGUAUUUUAUUUUCACGUAGCACAUCUUGCAAACCACAUGUUUAUUUGUUAUACUAACUCUCUCCUGCUCUCUAAUGUCACUUCUGCCAACCUCACAGGAAAAACAGUUGAUUUUAUUUUUCCAUUAUCAGAAAUUUGACUUCAUAUUAACAUUUAAUUUGAAAAAUUGAUACUUGGUCAAUAAGAUGAUUCGAUAUAUCACAGGACAAAAUAUUGUGAUACUAUGUUUUAUCGUUUUUUUCUCCCACCCCUAGUCCUGGUUGUGUUUGGGUAAACUGUCAUCAUGCGAAAUGUAACCAGGGCAAGCAUUCAGAUGUAAAAAAUAACUAUCUGUGAUAAAACAUAUCCAGGGUUUAAUUCUUCAGUAGCAGAGCUUAUCUAUGCAGGUAGACUCAGGAUAAAUCCUAAUCAUCUAAACAGGGUGUACUUUCAGUCGGCUAACACAUUGCACUUUAGUUUUAGAGCCAAAGAGGCGCAUAUUACAAGAUAAAAAAAUGUAACUCCACAACAAUGGCUCUAUUUUAAUAUGUGAUGACAUGCAGCACUUUUGGGAACAUACAGUCUUUGUCCUCACCUGUGCCCCCCUCCCCUCCCCUCCACUCUUCAGACACACACACACACACAUACUGUACACAGCGCUCCUGGCUGUCUGAUACAUAACUCUUUGACUAAAGUAGGACGGGAUGUUCCAGAGCUAGAUAAAAACAAACUCAACCUACCGUAUCCUCAAUUUAGCUUGGAGGUAAGAAGGAUUACAUUCACUUCAGGAUUAGACAUUGUUGAGUAGCUUGUUUUGUCUAGAGAUAGAUGAAGAAGAGAGAAAUCCUCAGUGUGUGUGUGACAAACCUCACUGUACUUACACACCUCGCACGAGCGGUUGCAUCAGGUAGGCCGAGACUGCCAGCGUCUUUCAUUUGUAAACAGUCCAGCUAAUUGUGGACUUAAAGGCCCUUUGCUGUACCAGAUGCUUCUUCAUGGGGAUGUGGACAUUUAAGCUUAUUAAAACAAUACACUGCUGUAGUGUGGUCUCUACUGUUAUUGAUAACUUUCUUGAUCAGUUGCAGUAAAAUCUCUCCGUUUCGGAAGUCUGAAAACUGUCUGCUUAAUUCAAAAUCUAUGGCUUUGCCCUUAAAGUCAGAUUGUCUUAUUAUUUUCUAAAUUAUCUGGUUAUUUUACCGACCGUUCAUUAAGAAAAAGCUGAGAUUUGGUCCUUGACACUGAAGCUGUUUCUGCGGUCAGGUCAUAUCAAAAUCAGCAAUUAAAUGUGUUAUCUUGCAUUCAUGCGAUAAUGAGUCAGAAGGAUAACAGAGCCAACAGCGCGUGUUGUUUUUGUUUUCGCUGGUCUGGCGGAGGUGUGCGAGGUCAGAGGUGAGGAGUCAGUCGGUGUUUGUUUGGCGGAGCGCUGCUGUAGAUCAGGGAGGAGCCGGCCGGGCAGGAAUGUAAACAGAGCAGAUCUGAGCCUGCUGAUGUCUCCCUGUCUGCAGGAGGAAGCUCCUAACAUCACUUUUGGCUGUUUGUUUGCAGAAGCUCAUUUACAGUUGAUGAUCUCCUUCCUUUUUUUUAGCUGUUUUGUAAUACGGUUUCUUCCUGAAAGCUCAUUCAUUCAUUCAGACAGAACUACUGCAGCGGCCGCUGACAGACAGACAGACACGAGGACAUGUUUACUCUGCUUCUGGAGCACCAGGGACCGAGCUGCUUAAACAUGCUUAUAUAUGUGUGUGUGAGUGUGUGUGUGUCCCAGCCCUGAAUGGAGCAUGACUAUAUUUAGCCUGUGAGAACUAAAUAAAUAAUGAACAGAACUUGGGUGUGUGUGUGCGACAGGGGGCACAGACAUAGGAGGGGAGGGGGAUAUGUGUGUGUGUGUGUGUGCUCCAAAAAGAGGAGGGGUAGGAGGCAUCGGGUUCAUUCCCCCGCUGGACCUCUGUCCCCUACUCUCAAUAACCCCCCUGUCCCUGCCCACAUCUCUCCUGCCCACCCACAGUCCCCUCUGUUUGAAAGGCCCUGUGUGUGUGUGUGUGUAUGUGUGUACGGAGCUCCGUCCAGUCGCUCCAUUAUUCAUCGAAUAUUAGGAAUGUUUAAUGUUUAUGUUCAUGGCUACACACCUGGCUGCUAAUCUGAGCUGUUUAUGAUUCAACUCCUCUUCCCGGCAGACCUCAGUCAUUCUCACCCAAGUGUCUGCCUCUACAGGCCGCCGCCGGCUGGCCCAGCCCCUCCAGAAACACACACGCUCACGCACGCACACGCACUCAGACUGUUAUGGACGGUCGGUCCCAUGACCUCACUGCAUUCCCGUUCCUCUCUGUCAGGUUGAUUCUGUUACUGUGGUUUUUCCACCACUUCCCACCCCACCGUUUCUAUUUCCCUUUCUCUCUCUCUGACACCCACAGCAAUAAAAAGGGAGAGCGCUGCCAGCACAGGUGGCCUUAGGAGGGGAAUCAAUCAUUUCAUUUGUCAAAUUACCCCCUUGAGUUGAGUAUUUUUGCAUAUUACACAUCCCUGAGCGUGUGUGCACCAGCACCGGCCUGUUAUCUCCUUCUUUGAUGCUUUUUCACCCCUGAAUGUUGUGUCUGCUAACUUUAACAUUUGACAUCAGACUCUGAUUUUCCCUUAUACUCAACGUAUAGGCUAAGGACAGAGAACAGACGUGUGUGUGUGUUUAUGGUGGGAGUAGUUGAGGAGUUGGGGGGGUGGAGGGGAGGGCAUGAAGACUCUGAAUGAAAGGUUUGUUUUAGAGAAUGGCGAUCACAUCCAGCUUUGUGAAAACAGCUCUUGUUCCUGGCUCAGGAAGAGGGAGAGGAGACAGCGAAAGAGGGAAGAAAUGCAGCCGGGCUAUAUGUGUGUGUGUGUGUGUUUUUGUGUUAGUGUGUGUCAGCCAAGACUUCCGCUCCCAUUUGAUAGCGCUGCAUGCAAAUGAAACCCCACAAACAAGUACACAGGGGCAAGGGUCAGUGCUGCUUUCCACUGGGAGAAAAACGACACUCAGGGUUUAUAGUAUGUGAAAGUACACAGCUUUGUAAUGUGUGGGAGGGACACAGCUUUUUUUUUUUCUACUUCAGAUGGUGUGCGAUCAAAAAAUACCUGUGUGAGUGUGUGUGAGUGUGUGGGAGUUUUGUUGUCAUGUCUUUUUUUUUUUUUUCCGUCAUUGGAGACUGUCCCUGUGUCAGCUGCAUGGUGCUAAAUGCCACUCUGUUUUUCCCCUGCCAUGAAAGCACCUGCCACUUCAGUGUCUACCAGCUGAGGAAUACACACACACUCACACAGAUACACACACACACACACGUACACACUGAGGCAGGCCGCUUGAAGAGCACUUAUUCCUUACUUGGUAACAGAGUAGGGGUAUCCGUUUGACCUCCUCUGCCCUUUUUUCUCUCUGCAAUAAAUCACAUUUACUCAAAAAUGAGCCUGAACUCAGUCUCAGGAGCAGUGAAAUUCACUCAGCAUGUGUCAGUGAAUCAUAUGACAACAAACUCACUCAUGUUUUCCUUCUUCUUCUCUUUCUUCUUUCAGAAUGAAGCCUGGCCCCGCCCCCUCCCUCUCCUCUCCCUCCUUUUCCUGCGAGCGUAGGAUUUUGCUGAAGCCAAGUGACGGGGUCGCCACAGCGACAGCUGGACCAUGCACUGCAGUCAAUGUCCUUUGACCUCUUUGCCGCCUUCGAGGGUCACGGGAAUGGCCAUCACCAUGGCAACACGGACACUUGACCCUUGCCCCAAAUCUUCCCUCCACUUUUCUCGGCACCAAAACAUUCGGGGCGCCAUUGCUGCUGCUGUACUAGACGACUUAACAGAUGACAAGAACUUAAACAGACUUUAACUCUAAACAUAGAUAGGUAACUGUUUAUCUCUUUGCAUAGGCCUGCAAAAUGAUUCUGCAGUAUGUUGUUAUGUUAAUUAUUAUUUUUGUUCUUAUGCCAUUUAUACACUUUCAUCUGGUUUUCUUAUGGCUCCAGCCAGAAGUUACCAGACUGUCUCACCUGAAAACCUGUGAACCAAACCUGGAGAGCAAUGUGUGCACACACAUACACGCAAAAAAGAAAAAAAAAAAAAAAGAAACCUUUCAUGCAUACAGAAUACAUAUAUUUAUUUAUUUAUCUUGUAUGUAUGCAUUCAAUGAAGUGUGUGUGAAUUUGUAUACAGAUUGUACUGCAAAAAAAGAGGUGGCAUUUAUGAGCAUAUUUAAAAUCAAAGGUAACAUUUGCUUAAAGAGAAACCCUACCUCAGCAAAAACCAGGUUGGUACCAAUUCACACAAUAGAAAUAUAAAAAAAAAUAUUUAUUUUCAGAGGUGAAUGUUUUUUAAAGAUCACCAAUCCAAAGCCUUACUCUGCCCAUCAGCUCCUGACUGAUGGGCUUGUUUUUGUUUGGACCUAUAAACACGCAGUAUAUCAAAGAUUUACGUGAUCAUUUUAGCGACUGAAUGUUCAGCAGAGCCAAGUGAGAGAUACAGCCUCUCUAAGAUUACACUCUCCUCUCCCCACAGUACAAGAUAAUGUAUUAAAGAACCAGAGUAAUAUAUUUAUUAAUACGCCAGAGAUGGAGGAUCCAUAAACACGAACUUGACAUUGCCUUGCAGCACACAUGCAUGCAGGUGUGGCAUCCAAACGUCACAGCAUGAAUAUGAUCUUGUGGCCUGUCUGAGCCCAAGCCUCAGCACCUUUACACACUUCACUCACUCACUCAGCCACUGUUCUCCUGGAACAUCCUGCACACACAGAAACAGACACACUCAUUCUGCAGGAAGUCAUGACCUGCCAAAAUAAAGGACAGGAACCUGAAUGUUAUUUAUAUCUCGACAGCUCAGAAUCUUACAUUCUCUCACCUGAUGCCUCAUUGCGGAGCUAAGUCACACCACGUGUGUUUGGCUGGCAGGUGCAAGCAAGCAAGCAAGCAGCGCCGAGCAAUGUGGGUAAUGCACGACACAGACCGAGCGGCUGUUCAAUGGGCUGCUCAGAAAGCUCUAUUCCACGGCCUCCGCUGAUAGAGAGCCAGGCGGGGAGUGCCAGAGCUAAAUGCAUGGUCUUGCACUUACAAACUUUCUAGAUUGUAACACAAGACACGUUGAAUGUAGUACACGCUGUGUUCUGAGCUUGGGAACACACGACCCAACAAAGACCACGACAAACUGCAAAAACAACUAUGAAACAUGCAGAGGUACUGAAAGGAAACGAUGACACAUACAUAUGGAAUAAAUGAAAAACAGCAGGGGAAGUAUCUCUUUAUUUAUCUGAAUUCACUGGUACUUAACCUUUGCCUAUAUACUGUAAAUAGUACGAUAUCGCAGAGAAUGACGUUAAAGCAGACGCUGAGAAACUUUGAGAGAUGUUAAGUUAAAUAACUUAUGUUGUUUGUGCUGUACAUAAUACGUGUUUGAGUGAACUUUCUGAUACAACAAAAGCACUAAUUAAGUUAUAUGCUAACCAGUAUGGUUUGGCUUUGAUUUUCUUUUGUUUUUUUAACUGUUAUGGGAUAGUCUUGUGAAAUGGAUGCCACUAUGAGGACAUUUUCUAAUGCUGUAAUUCUGACAAAAACAAAAGAUUUAAAAGAUUUUAAGAGAAAUCAUUAAUACUUGACAUAAUUAAUUCUUGUUACUUAGGUACAACAUAAAUGGCAUAUAUGCAAUAUUUACACUUUUGAAAAUUAGUUUACAAAGACGUACCAAAUGUAUAAAUACUGUUAAUAAUCUUUGUUAACCUUAUGAAUCAGAUUUUUGCUGUUUGUACGUUUUUUUUUCCUCCAAAUUUGAAAUGAAAACUUUUUUCUGUGUGUUUUUUGCUAAUCGAGCCUCUUGAUGUUUUGAGCAGUGUUUUUUGCAUUUGGAUAAUGUUUCAAGUUUUUAUUCAGCAUCUAAAGGUUAGGAUAUGGGCCCUGGCUUCUCUUGCUGUGUCUUUUCAUUGUAAAUAUUUCAUAUCUUGCAUAUUGUGAUGCUACUAAGAGAUGAUAAUUUAAACUUAGUUCAUUGCUUUAGAUUGUAUUGAUUCUUUAUAGACACAUGCAAUAAAUAAUGAUGUUAUUUAAGAAAGCCACUCGCCUUUGUGUCCAUUCUUCUCUUUUUCUCCAUCACACACAAGCAUGAGCUUUUCAGCUUUCAUUUGAUUGGACGCUCGCCAGAGCAGAUGUUUCAAUUCAACCUCCUGCUCCUUUCAUUAGAAAAACACUCAUUAAAAAGUGAGUGGGAAAAAAAGGGGACAUAUCUUGAUUCUCUUUCAUUUCCCAUGUCCCCUCUUGUUUUCCCGGAGUGUUUGUUCUGCAUUGAGGAAGAGUGCAUCAGGAAUUGGGUGUAGGCCUAACCUAGCGUAGCCUCCAGCAUUAGCAUUGUUAUUGUUUGACUGCGCUUGGCUUCUGGUCCCCACCCCCAGCAAUAGUAAUUAGACCAGCGUGUUGAAACAGCCUCUGCUACUGGGAGGGAAUAAAUAACACUGUUAUAGGGAUUAUGAUUUUGCACCCUUAACCAUAUGUCGGCAGAUUAUUCAUUCUUACAGCCUUGCUAAUUAAAAUGCUAAUUAAUGCUGAGAAAUAGGUUUAAUUGUCUUUUAUUGCUCAUGCUUUUUGUUUGGAUGGGAGGAGGGGGUUUGUGUGCACAUGCAGGGUAAGAACAUGUUUGUACUUCAAUCUUAAGUAUGUGAGCUGUAAAGGGGUGGAGGAGAACAGCUGGAAAAGAAGGGGGCGGGUCUAGGGGAAAUAUGCAGGUUUGACCGACAGACGGAAUGAUAGCCUGGAGGUAGAUCUCCUCCAUUAGGCUGAUUCGUCCCAAGAAAAGAGAAGACUAAUGAGAGAGCAGGAUUUUAAAGAGCAGAGUGUGAUAUAUUCUCUGAAAAGCAAAUCUCAUCUAUUACUGUUCUCUUCAUUGUCCCCGUACUCCCUCUUGCCCGACUUGCCUCUGAAGUUUAAUUAAAGACUAAUUCAUCUCAUUAAAUCGUAAGGGAUAGAGAGUAAGCUGCGGGCCAUGUUGCGUCUGUCUCGCUCCUGGUUUCUCUUGUACACGCCGUCAAAAGACUGAAUGAAAAGAGAGGACGUAGUACAAUGAUAUUGAAUAUAAUGACCUACAGUCGACAUGCUGGAAGUACUCAUGCGUUCAUGAUGAAAUCAUGCAAAUCCCUAUAACAGUGAGAUAAUGCAAAGUCAAUAAACUAGCCUGCCUGUGUGUGUGUGUGUUGUCUUCAUGUCAGCUGGUGGGUGUGUGCACAUGAUGGAGUGUGUGCAUGUGUUUUAAGGGGGGUUGGUUUGGUAACAGUAGAUGGGUCCAUACGAGCAGCAUAAAGUAGCCGGUGGCCCCAGGGAGUCAUCAGCCGUAUGGACAGAGACCUGCAGCAGCUUCACAGGAAAUGGCAAGCUUCCGGAAAGCUGUCUGGGACACCGCCACUACAUUAGUGUCUGUGUUUGUGUGUGUGCGUGUGUGUGUGCUUUUAAAAUCUAGUACACUCUGGCCAUUUGUGGAUGUCCCCUUCACAUCAAUCGCCCUUCAGUUGGUUUUCCAGGACCAGCCUCUCUCAGCGUGCUACAUAUUUUCUGCAUUAAAAUGUCCACGUGGUGAGCCGGGUGCUUUAGAGAGAGAGAGAGAGAGAGGGGUUACCUUGAAACACAAACACAAAACAUACAGCAAACAUACACAAGCCUUUGUGUUUUCUCUCUCAGACAACUGGAAAUGAAAAAUUACAUUAUGAUUGUAAUCUCCACAAAGGGGGGCGUUACAGUCCUACAUGCUGCGUGAUAACCGCAAUCUCACAGGUUCAGUGUAUGUCACACUGUGAAGAUUGGCUUUUACAAGGUCUUGGUAGCAAUCUACAAGGGAAUGCAAUAUCAGUUGUGAGGUGUGGCAGAUUUCAUGAUGAAUGCUUGGCAUUAUAAGGUCAAUUGAAAAAGGUAACCUGUUUUAAUAGAUAUGUAUUCAUGUAUUUUUCAACAGUACCUGAAGUUUGAACCUUUUCUUGGUUGCCAAAGCUCUGAAUCAGCUUUCGUAAGAGUGAGCUACUGCGUUGGAUUCAGAGGAACAGAUUUCACGUUGUUACUCUUACAUCAAGAGACCAGUAUAAUAUCAUGAUCACUGGAAGCACUUUAUUUUGGGGUCCUGUCCCGGUGAUGGUUCGGGAAUAUCCUUAAGGUGAUACGUGUUGCACAGAUAGUAUAAAACAGUGAGCAUUUUAGUGGGUCUGCAUUACAGUUUUUUUAAACUAAAUAAUAUUUGGUAAAAGGAAUGUGCCUGCAUACUGCAUUUGUAUUUGUAUUUGGGUUGAAGGGUUGCAGUCAGUGUGGACUUAUACACAUGCCCUUCCUCCACCAGCUCAAUAAUUCAGCUCUGAUGGCAGUAUUUUGGCACCACGUCUCACAAUAUUAGCCCUAUAAUGCCUAAAACCACAAAUUAUGGCCAGAAAAUUCAAAUUUUUUGGAGCUGAAAUGUUUAUUUCACUUACUACUGAAAACCCAAAAAAUCAAAAUGUCCUUAAAAUUUAACAAAUAUAUUUAUUUAUCUCAUUUGAUACAUUAGAUGUUUUUGGAAACUGAUAAACCACCAGAGAACAUUUUUAUCCUUUAUCGGACUGUAUUCAGGUAUUUUUUUUAGUAAUUUGUUGAUCAUAUGGAUUGAUCAAAGUAUGUAUCAAAUAUGAUACAAAAGGCAUUAAAGGGAUAGACACAUGGUCCAUAUUUAUAAAAAAAAGGAUAGUAGCGGUCAUAGAAACUUGUCUGUUACAGUACAAUCUUUUAAUCUUUAAUCUUUUACCAAAGCAUGACUGUCCCCCUCUCCAUUACCCCUCUUUCCUGGGCUCCCAUUGCUCCAGGCUCGAAUGGGCAUGAUUACAGACGUCAUAAAAAGACACUGGCACUGCUUACUGCUUAUGUUUUGUUAGUAAUUUACAAAAAACACAGAAUUAAAGUCAGCACAGCAAAAAGCAUGACUGCAACUUUACUGAUUCUGUGGCAGAGUUAAUGGUCAACAUCCCAGAAAUCUGCUCAUAGAGGAAAAACUGCCAAACCUAACUUCUGAAUACCAACAUUUGCCUAAAAACCUACAUUUACCAGCAAGAAAAACACAAAGAAAACUCAAACAGAAAACAAAUUACAUUUAAAUUACUGUAUAUGGUAGUUAUUUAGUUGAUUGAUGUUAAUACAUUAAUUCACAGAUCAUGCUGGGAAGGACAAGUAGAAGAGAUAUAUCCAUAAUUACUUGCUAAUGUUUAGGGUUAUGGAGCCGUGUUAUCGUUUUACUGUAUUUUAUAUUCGUUAACAUAACACACUAUGAAAUAUCUUUCAAGUGUGAGGGGGAAGACGCUCGUUUUGACAUGUAUUCAUCUAUAAGGCCUGAACAGUCAACAGAGCCCCUCUUAAUACUCCUGCAAAUCAGUGUGGUGUAAAUUUCUCGAGACUUUAAACUGAUUAACUUGGACUUGUCAUGGUUUUUGUUCACAGUUCAGGUAAAGUCACCCACUAGUACUCUGACUUUCCUUGGUUACAGCUGCAAGACAGUCUAUGGAGAGCAUAGAAGGUGUGAUAUAAUCCAUUACAACUCAAUCCAGAAGUCCAGCUGCAGUCAACCCG